UCUCAAGAAGAAACACCCAGACUGAGUUGACGAGACACUAUCUUCUCUUCAGUUCGGAGAUCACCAGAACAACGGACAAAGAUGACCAAUCGCCUCUUCUGCACACUGACCUUCCUCGCCUUAUACCUGUCCGUCGCGCAGGGGUUAUUCAAGUCGGAAAAGUGCGUAUACACGCUGUACGUGAAGACGGGAACCUUUCUCACGAUAGGAACCAAUGCCAAGAUCGGCGUGACCCUGACUAACGCAAAGGGAAAAUCGGUGCGGGUGCCGGAUCUUCGGAAGUGGGGGAUCAUGGAACACGGCCACUCUUACUUUCAGCGGGGGAACCUUGACGUCUUCAGCAGCCGGGCUCCCUGCGUUGCGUUUCCUCUCUGCCAGCUGAACCUCACGGUCAGCGGGGGCACCCUGUUAAACAGCUGGUACUGCGAAUAUGUGGACGUGACGUCGACAGACCCCCAUAAAAACUGCAGCAAGACCAUCUUCGACGUCAAGCAAUGGCUGGUUGCCGGCCAUCUAAGCGCUUCAGUGGACAAAUGCAAUCGUAAGGUGCAUUCUCCUCGAAAUGGGACUCCGGUGGCCGGAAACGGCGUUCUAAGAGAAGGAGGAUCUGCAGCCUCAGAAUCACAGUGAUGCAGAGUGAUGAUGUGAUGCAGAUAAAAGAAGUAUUAGACUUUUGAGAUUGUGUGGGUCAGCUUGGUUAUUCUCCCCCUUAAUCAGUUAAUCUCCAAAGAUUAUGGAUUUGCAAUUUCAGUAUCCGGCUAGUUUUCUGUUUUCUUAA